UAAACUCAUGACAAGUACAAAAUGGACGGCAACAAAGAUGAGGCAGCAAAAUGCCGUCAACUUGCCGAUAGAUUUCUCAAGGAAGGAAACAAAGAUAGAGCUUUGAAAUUCCUUGAGAAGUCACAGAAGCUUUAUCCAUCGAAAGAAGUCGAAGAUUUAAUUGAGACACUAAAAAAGAAUGGCAUGUCAGGUGGCAGUGAACAUAAUGAAAAAGAUGAGAAUGUGAGGCAUAGAUCAGUCAAUGGAGAUGCCAGCAAAAAGAGUGAUGAUUACACUCUAGAACAGCUGGAGGCAGUCAAAAACAUCAAGAAGUGUAAAGAUUAUUAUGAAAUCUUGGGAGUUAGUAAAGAGGCUACUGAAGCUGACUUGAAGAAACAGUACAAGAAGCUUGCUCUGCAGUUUCACCCAGAUAAAAACAGAGCACCGGGAGCAUCUGAAGCCUUCAAAGCGAUAGGCAAUGCAUUUGCAGUACUCUCGGACCCAGAGAAGAGACGGAGAUAUGAUCAGUUUGGUGACGAAAAUCCUCAGCCAAGGAUUUACAGAGAUCACUAUGAUUAUGCAAGAGGAUUUGAAGCUGACAUUACUCCAGAGGAAAUAUUUAACAUGUUCUUUGGUGGUUUUGGUGGAGCGUCAAUGUCUGGGGGGCGUGUCUUUAUGCAGAGAAGACACAAUGGAAGACGGCACCGACACCAACACUACCGUGAAGAAGAAGACAAUGAUCCUCCUCUGCUGCACUCACUGAUACAGUUUCUUCCCAUCUUACUGUUAGUUGUAUUAUCUUUGAUGAGUAGCUUUAUGUUACAAGAUCCACCUUACUCUUUAUCUAGAUCAGGUUCCUACUAUAUUCCGAGGGAAACAGCUCGGCGGAAAAUUAACUACUAUGUACAGGAAGGAUUCGAAGAAAAAUACAUAGAUAAAAUUGAAGCGCUCGAGAAAAGAAUAGAAGAAGAUUACAUUGGUCGACUUCAAUCUCAGUGUUAUAGAGAAAGACAAUACAGGGAAGAAGUGAGAGCUCGGGCGCGUUUUUGGCGAGAUGAUGCGUUAAUGGUCAGGGCAAACGGAAUGCAGAUGAAGUCCUGUGAUGCGCUGGAAAAAAUCGCAGCAGCAGGAUGAUUAUCAGUUCAUACUUGACAGUGUCACUCACCUACAUGUACCUCAGCGACAACCCUCUUAUGGCCGGUUGAUAAAUGACACUAUCUGACCGACAAGUGGGUUAAGUUGCAUGUCGUUCAGAGUCGCCUCUGAGCAAUAUUCCGACGCCAAACACGUCAAAAUUUGGACCCUCCAACACGUGUAGAUGUUGUUGUAAAUUAACGAUAUAGUGCUUUUUGAAUUAGAAUAUUGUAAGAUGAUAAAAAUACCGGUAACUCCAUUGUUAGUUUGUUAGGAAAUAACAGAGACGGCCGGUUUUUUAGUCGAGAUUUGUCAGGGAGGAGAGGGAGAAGGAGCCCAUAGAUAGUAUUUUUAUUUAACCUUUUUUUUGUCUGCCAGAGUUAGACUUCUUUUAGUUUAAUUUGUUACUCUUUUCUUUAAUUUCCCUGAUGCCCAGCCAUCCACGUGAAAGCUACUGAACUACACUUUCAUGUCAUGGCGUUUUGUACAUAAAGAAAUUUGGGGAGAUUUUUUUUUAUCUUGUCACCCUUGGGAAUGAAAGAGUUAUAAAUUGCCUUGAAUACUUGUACAAUAUACAAACUUUUGCAAAAUGGAUACUUGACGGGAGAUAGCAAGCUCCUGCCUGUUGUUUAUAAAUCUCUUCAGUAAGUUAUAGAUGCUUAAGACGUUGCUUAGGAAAGAUCGUGGAGGGAGAAACAGUCUCUAGAAACUCAGGUCAAGAAUUUUGAAUUUAUUUACAAGAGAGUACGUUCUUGUUGACAGUUGAAGAUUAGACGUUACGACAUAACGCAUACAUCGAGAAUAAAUAAAAGAAAGACACUUGCAAACGUUUUGAAA